CAAAUAGAAGACACCCAAAAUGUCAACAAGUGACGCCAUUGGCUACCUCAUUAUCGUAACUUCUAUUCAAACGUCUUUUAUCUUCUAGGUAUACCAAUUAACGUCUUAAUCAUCGAGACAGUUCAUAAUUAAUCGUAAUAAUUGAUAAAUUACAAAGAUUAUUCCAAACAGAAGAAAAUUUCAUCAGCUCCUAACUAGGAUUGAGUAUUGCAGUUAGAACAUCCUGUGAAAAUGGAAGUUGAUAAAUCGCCAUCAUUGCUGUUAAUCAAAGAAGAGAAGGAGAAUUUAGAGGAGGGUCUAACAGAAAACACAGGGGAAGGCUCCUCACUUGCAGACCCCUUCUUAGAAGUCAAGGCAGAACCAGAAUUUUUUGACAGUGGUGAAUUUGAUGUGAACUGCUCAUCCCAGUCUAUUAAAUACGAGGAGGGCAGCUCUCCAAGCUGUGCUGAUAAAAGUGGAAAGGAAAAGAUCUGUAUUGCAGAAGAAAAUAGACAUUUGGGUAGAAGCAACACAGCAGGGAAGCAAAUAACUUGUGCUGAAUGCCAAAAGACAUUUUCAUACAUGUGCCACUUGAAAUCCCACAUGAGAACUCAUACAGGAGAGAAACCACAUACUUGCUCAAUAUGUCAAAGAAGUUUUUCUCAAUCAUCUAAUCUCACUAAACACAUGAGAUCUCAUACGGGAGAUAAACCAUAUACCUGCUCUGUAUGUCAAAGAAGUUUUACUCGUUUAUCACUUUUAAAAAAUCACAUGAGAACUCAUACGGGAGAGAAACCAUAUACUUGCUCUGUAUGUCAAAGAAAUUUUACUCAAUUAUCUCAUUUAAAAUUACAUGUGAGAACUCAUACGGGAGAGAAACCACAUACUUGCUCUAUAUGUCAAAGAAGUUUUUCUCAAUCAACUAAUCUCACAAAACACAUGAGAACUCAUACAGGAGAGAAACCAUAUACUUGCUCUGUAUGUCCAAGAAGUUUUACUCACUUACCUAGUCUCAAAUGUCACAUGAGAACUCAUAUGGGAGAAAAACUUUAUAGUUGUUCUAUAUGUCAAAGAAGUUUUACUCUAUUACCUAAUUUAAAAAAUCACAUGAAAACUCAUAUGGGAGAGAAAUCAUUUACUUGCUCAACAUGUCAAAGAAGUUUUUCUCGUCUAUGUGCUCUCAUAAGACACAUAAGAACUCAUACAGGAGAGAAGCCUUAUAGUUGCUCUAUAUGUCAGAGAAGUUUUUCUGAUUCAGGUAAUCUCAAAAAUCACAUGAGAACUCAUACGGGAGAGAAACCAUUUACUUGCUCUAUAUGUCAAAGAAGUUUUACUCAAUUAACUCAUUUAAAAACUCACAUGAGAACUCAUACAGGAGAGAAACCAUAUACAUGCUCUGUAUGUCAAAAAAGUUUUUCUGAUUCAGGUAAUCUCACAAAACACCAGAAAACUCAUGCAUGAGAGAAAGCAUUUACUUGCCGAACAAUCUCGAAAGACACGAGAAUUCACACUAGACAGAAACUGUUUAUUACUUGAUCUUUGUCCAAGUAAUUUUUAUUAAAUGCUUUUAACUGCUGUAAUCUGAAAAUUGUCAAGAGAGAACUUAAGUAACAUUUGUAAGUGAAAUUUCUUUCGACAUAAGUGUGGACAAGAAAAAGUUCUCUUUCUUCAUCGGGGGAAACCUUUGAGUGUUCUGAAUUUUACUUAUGAGCUCAGAUAAGUGCAGCAAGUUAAAAUUGAUUAUAUUUGCUUAAUGAGAAUUUUUGUUAUAAGAUUAUUGGUUAAUAACCACUAAUCUUAUAAUUAACCACUUGUUCUUAGAUAAAAACAUUGAUUCACUUUACUUUUUUGAUGUCUUGCUGAUAUUCUAACGAUUUCAAUGUUUUAGGCAACUGAUUGUUCAGUUUUUAUAAAUCACAAGAGACCAAUUCAUUUGUCAAUGGUAUCAAUAAAUGUGUUGAGGGAACACUGAGAAAGAAGGAAAGUUCUAGCUUACUGUUUCUGAGCGCAAAUACAAUUUUUUUAUUGACAUCUACAAAUUUAUUUUUGCUAACAUAACCUUGGUUUUGGUCUCAUUAUGAAGCUGAGUAAUUGUACUUUAUUUCUUUACUUUUAUGUGAAGUAGUUUUGUAAAAGCAAUGUAAUUUAAGUUCCAUUUGAUCAGUGAGAAAGUAUAAUAUAUUUUCUUUCCAGUGACUUAAAUGUUUAUGCAAUUUGUCUGGUAUUUUGCUCAUAAACAGCAGGAAAAUCAGGUAGUAUUAUUUUCUUUCAACACAUAUUUGCUUGGCACAGCAGUAGUUUUGAAAUCUCCCAUACAUUUUAAAUUUAACACAUUGAUCUGACUGCAUAAUUAUUUAGUUUUGGUUUUCAAAGAUAUUAAGAUAAAGUACAAUAGGCUUCAAAAAGUUUUGGUUUUUCAAAGAUAUCCAGAUAACCACAGGCUCAGCAUCCUACCACGAAAUUUAGGUUCAUAGAAAGUGAUUUAAGACAGUGACUAGGGCCCACAAAAAAGUUAAGUAUCUCUUGAGUUUUACCAGACCACUGAGCUGAUUGAUUGACAGCUCUCCUAUGGCUGGGCCCGAAGGAUUAGAUUUUUUGAUGUGGCUAGGAACCAAUUGGUUUCUUAGCAAAGGGACCUACAGCUUAUUGUGGGAUCUGAACCACAUUAUAUCGAGAAAUGAAUUUCUAAUCACCAGAAAUAAAUUCUUAUGAUCAGCUGCUGAAAGGAAACACGGGAUACUAGAUUGAUAGUCGAGUACGGGACCCACUCGUCCAGUGAGGAACUGACCAGAGCCCACAGGAUUGAGCAAUAGUAAUAUAAUUGAGUGUAAAGCAGGUUCAUCGAAACGGUACAAAGUUUGACUUUGCUCAAACUUAUGUCAGAAUGAAAUUCAUAUCGAAAUCUCGUCAUAUUUUA